AUUGAAAAAUACGAAAUUGCGUCUUUGGCUGGGGGCUUAUCGAACCACGGACAAUUGAACCCGUAAUUGAUCAUGGUGGCGGUUGUGAAACGCCAUCGAGGAGUGGUACUUCAGUUACUGCCCCACACCUGUAGCUGUAGCUCAUCUGUGCUGCAUUGUGUGAAAUCAUGAGGGAGCUGAAACAAGAGGAUCCCUGUGAGCUAGAACUUGGGCUCGAAUUGGAGUUAGAAGCAGAUGAUGUUGAAGCAGCUGUGGCAGCUGUUGCUGCUGCCUCUGAAGGACAAUUACCCUGCAGCUGCUGUGAUGUAUUACUGGAAAAUGCUGAGGAGCUUCACGCUCAUCAAAUGCAACAGCAUUCAAUAUCCGAAUUAUCUUUAGCUCUGAUCACACUUCGAGGACUGGAUCUUCCAUUAGUUCAAACCGAAGAAUCCGAGUCACCUGCUGUUUUUGAUGACUCAUCCCACCUGCGAAAUAUCUUACUUGGGCAGGCUGUUGAUCGUAGUCAUGAUUGUGAUAGUGAAUCAACUGUUACUGUCAAUUCAGAAGCAAGAAUGUUUUCACCUUCAAAUUCACCUGAGUUUGUGGAUACAUCUUAUUUCCAAAACAUUAACAUGUGGAAUAAUGAAUCCAAAAGGUACUCUCCAAACUCAUAUAUGGUUGAAGAUAAUUAUUUAGAUGACAACAAGAUAGAAAUCAGUAAACCAAAUAUUGGCAACUCUCAGGAUUCUGGAUUCUGGUCUGAUUAUAGUUCCCAGAGCAAAACAAAUGAGCCCAUAAUAGCUCAGAAGAAACCUAACAAGAAGUAUGAUGAUUUAGAUUCCAGGCAAUUUUUUUGUAAUUUAUGUGAUCGUAGAUAUAAAAAGAAAUCUCAUCUGGAAAGACACUUCCGUGUUCAUACUGGUGUAAGACCUUAUAAGUGUCAUAUAUGCGAGAAGCGUUUUGCUGUUCGCUCUAUUUUGAAACAGCACAUCAGAGUGCAUACGGGUGAGCGUCCUUUUUCAUGUGACAUCUGUUCUCAAAGGUUCCCCCAGAAGUCAGGAUUAAUGACACACAUGAUGCUGCACAAUGGCAAACCAUUUAAAUGCGAAUAUUGUGUGAAGUCAUUUGUAUCAAACCACAAACUGAUGCUCCAUCAACGAUCCCAUGGUGACUUACUGAAUGGUGCUCCCCACCAGGGACCAUACUGCUGUCCAAGCUGUGAUAUGAGAUUUUUCACUGCAGGAGCACUUGCAGAACAUGCAAAAGUUCACAACCCAACUGCUGAUGACUUUACCAUUAGUGAAGAUGCCGCUAGAGCAGCAGUGUCUGCCAUUGGAAUGUUUAGUAAUGAAUCACCUGAUUAUCAAAGUGAAAUUCCUGAGUACAAUGAUGAAGCUUUAGGAUAUAAUUACCAAAGUGACACACUAGAUAUUGUUAAAAAUGAGAUAUUUGAGGACGAGGAGGAGGAUCUUGCUCCAGGUUUCCUCUGUGAAGCAAGGUGGGGUGGUAUUGAGGACAUGUGUAUAUGAUGAUAAUUUCUGAAAUGUAGUUUUCUUUUCUCAUAAUUGGUGGAAUUACUGAGGGUGCGAAUUUUCACUUCAGUUUUCAUUUUUUUGUUAUAUCAUGUAUAUGAUAUAUACCAUUAUGCUUCUCUGUACUUUUUAUGAAAUGUCAUACUUUUUAAGUUUGUUGCUCACAUUUUUCAAUAUUUUGAUUUUUUUGUUAUUCUAUUUUUAUUUAUUUUUUGUUGUAUUAUAUUAUUUUUGUUGGUGAUUACCAACAAGGAUAUUGGACUAUUUUCAUAUCCAUCUCUAAAACAGGCAAACUAAUCAAUUUAUUUGUUGUAGUACAGUUUUAAUAUUCUCACUGUUGCCUGGGGAUUGUUAGCCAAACCAAUCUGAUAGCAAAGUGCUGUCAGUUCUUUGAGUUUGUUUAUUUCCUUAUUGCAUGAGUGAUUAUGGAGUUGCACCCUUUUUGUGUCAACCGGAAUUAAUCGCUGUAGCAUGCGGAGCUGUGUGGCCCCACCUUCAUUUGUGAGUUUUGGUGACUAUUUUUGAUAAGUUUUGUUACUCUUUACUCUAUCAUUGAGUGAGUAUAGGCAAGUAAUUGGUGCCGUCCUUUGAGCGUAAGCGUUUGUACUCCUUCUGUUUGUCCGCCAACUUAUUACCAACUUAAAUUAAUUAAAUAAAAAGAAAAUAUUGCUGGUA